AUGGGUGGCGGUCUGGAUCUCUCCAAGCGAGUCCGUCUCCGCGAACUCCUGCCUGAGCUCUACUUGGGCAGAUGGCAGCCAGGUCAUCUAAACUCCAUCACCGAUGUCCCAGGCGUUCUCGUUCACACCGAGUCAAUCCAACCAGACCAGGAUGUCAACACUGGAGUCACCGCUAUUCUUCCUCGAGCAGACUGGUUCGACUACUCAUGUCACGCUGCCAUCUUCAAGUUCAAUGGCUGUGGGGAGAUGACGGGCUCUCACUGGAUUGAGGAAUCGGGCACACUGACAUCACCGAUUCUUUUGACGACAAACUCAUCCAUUGGAGAAGCUUUUCGAGGCGUUUAUGACUACGCGACUAAGUAUCACGCGACUAAAGAGGGAGACGUUAACUUAUUUGCGUUUCCUCUUGUGGCAGAGACAUACGAUGGAUACCUCAACAAGCAAACCCGCUUUGCCUUGACUCCAGAUCAUGUUGUCCGGGGUAUUCGCAAUGCGUCUGCUGAUGCAGUACCUGAAGGUUGUACUGGAGGCGGCACGGGAAUGAUAUGCCACCGCUUCAAGGGAGGGACAGGAUCUAGCAGCCGUGUUGUGCCUGGCUUGGAUAGUAAAGGCAGCACAAAAGAUUACACUGUUGGCGUACUUGUCCAAGCCAACUAUGGACUCAAGGAAGACCUUCACAUUGGCGGAGUUCCAGUUGGAAGAAUUCUGAUCUCAGAGGCUCAAGCGCCUUCUUCAUCAGAGAUGCCCGCGAUUCACGGACCUCACGUCGACGGUAGCAUCAUCAUCAUCAUCGCUACAGACAUUCCCCUGCUCCCAGUUCAGCUUCAGCGACUUGCCAAGCGCGCUACUGUAGGACUGUCACGCGUCGGCGGCUAUGGCAGCAAUGGCUCAGGCGACAUCUUCCUGGCCUUCUCUACAGCCGCCAAGAUUCCUAUGCAACGUCUGGAAGGGGGAGAUUUGGAUCCCUUCAUACCUACGUCUUUCGAAGUUGGGACAGUGCACAAUGAGACAAUCAAUGGCGCGUUUGAGGCUGUUGCGGACGCGACCGAGGAGGCCAUCUGCAACGCUCUGUGCAUGGCGAAAACUAUGACUGGAUACAAAGGGCGCACUGUCGAGGCACUGGAUCUCAAGAGGGUUAGGGAGAUAGUGACAAAGCGACUGUAAAAAGGUACAAAGAUUGGAGUUUGGUCAUUCAGCUAGACGCGAAAUAAGACACGCGUUAGGUUGGCGAACAAGUGAGUUCAAUCGCGAUAAAGUCAAGGGCGCGGAGACUUUACCUGAGAGCUGACGGAUUCGGGAAGAAGCCGGCUUGAUGCAAUAACACUAAGAUCGAG